CUGAAGCCAAGGAUACCAGCAGAGCCAACAUUUGCUUCAAGUUCCUGGGCCUGCUGACAGCGUGCAGGAUGCUGAUGGAACCUGGCAGAGGCUGCUGUGCUCUGGCCAUCCUGCUGGCAGUUGUGGGCAUCCAGUCUGGUGGAUGCAUGAACAUCACCAGCUCAGCUUCCCAGGAGGGAGCCAGAUUAAACUUAAUCUGUACUGUGUGGCAUAAGAAAGAAGAGGCUGAGGGGUUUAUAGUGUUUCUGUGCAAGGACAGGUCUGGAAACUGUUCUCCUGAGACCAGUCUGCAACAGCUGAGACUUAAAAGGGAUCCUGGGAUAGAUGGUGUUGGUGAAAUAUCAUCUCAGCUGGUGUUCACCAUAAGCCAAGUCACACCGUCGGACGGUGGGACCUACCAGUGUUGUGCCAGAAGCCAGAAGUCAGAUAUCCGCCUUCAGGGCCAUUUUUUCUCCAUUCUAGUCACAGAGACAGGGAACUACACAGUGACGGGAUCCAAACGACGACACCAUCUUGAAUUCGGCCAUAGUGAAGGCACUCUCAGUUCAGGCUUCCUACAAGAAAAGGUCUGGGUGAUGCUGGUCACCAGCCUGGUGGCCCUUCAAGCUUUGUAAGCCAUGUGCCAAAAGAAACUUUUUAAAAAGCUACAGCAAGAUAAGUCUGACUCUGGCUUAGUAUCUUUCUCAUUACAAUAGGCACAGAGAAGCCAGCAAUGGAGCACAGCGGGAGAGAUGCGAAUAUGCCAAGAAUCUGUGGAAACACAAGCUGGGGCAAAUCAGUGUGCACCUUGACUUUCCCCCCUCACUGUCAGAGCAAACUUGCCUUCUGCCCUCCUAAGCUCCAGUAAAUAAAAUAGCUUUCACAAAGUGGCUGGUAUACUGUUCUCAAAUACUGGAUAAAUAUAUGCUUUUUUGUACCCCAGAACAACUUUUCCUCCUUCCUCAUCAACACGGUAAAAUAAGUCAAGUCAAACAAAAGAACACCAAAUGUGGGGGGAAGAAAUUUUUAUUUAACACUGUAAAGGAAAAAGAGAGAAAACAAGCAAAGAUACGUAGGACGGAAAGGAAGACAGCCAGAUCCAGUGACUGACUUGGUAUGAAAAUGAGGAAAUGCAGACAGACCUUGACGUUCAACAGCAUCCACACAGCACUGCUGGAGGAAGAGGAAGAUUUGUGCAGACCAGGCGCACCACAGACUACAACUGUCCAGCUUCAAUAAAUGCUUGUUAACCUCUUUGGUCAUUUCUCUUUUUAAAUAAACGCCCAUCACAGUA